UUCUCGCUUCAUGUAGGAUUUUUUAAAUCGCUACAUUUCUGUCCUCAUCUUUGAUCAAAUUAAGAACAGUAACAUAUUUUGCUUUGAAGAAUAUGUUUUUAAUAUCAAAUCUGGGAUUAGAUAUGAAUUAUCUUACCACGCCCCAGUUAUUGCGCUGUUUUGAGUGUUCCACGGCCGAUAGGAAAUUAGUUCGAUAAUCGGUAGUAGAUAGCGGUCUUUCGCUGCAGUUGCAACAUACGCGCUUGCAGAGAGCAUCGCAGAAGACAGGGUGCAAAUGACAGCGUCCGGAUGAAAUUGGAAUUUGUACCCAGCCUAGAACAAUCUGUGCAUUAUCGAUCCGAUUUGGAAAAAACUAAUUUAUAUGAUUUCCCCCGUUUUUAGUUAGGAGUGUCGCGUGUUCUGUGAUUGGCGGAGGGAGGUUACUCUUUCACAAAGCGGGUAUGUGUUGGCUUGUUCAAUAAAUCCAGCAGAGAAGCAUUAAUGUGGAACAUAACAUUAGCAACUUUUUGUUUGGAUUAAGCGUUCAAAGCAGGAAUUGAGGAGAAUGGAGGACUAAUAUUUUGUUAGCUUAAAGAACCUGCGCCUCCCGCCAAGAAAAUCUGUGAAUGAAAAAUCCCGGGGAGCGUGCGUACAGCUCGUGAACGCGGGACCUUUAUUUACAUGCAUUUUAUACAGUGAUCUGAUGGGAUUCGAUGACUUCAUUUGUUCCAUAUGGACGUUAUUAACCGUUGGAUAUUUCGUUCAAAUCGUGGAAUGCACACAAAACAGGUGUAAUAAAAGUACAGAUCGAGAAUGCAGCGACGGCGAGUUUGUCGCACAUCUAUAUUCAAAUCCAGAUGCAUUAUGGGAUACGUUUCCUUGCCCGCCUCCAUGGAAACCAGAGCUGAUUCUGGAGUUGCCAUGGAAAGAUCGCCUGGGUGAGGAAGAUGGCGACAGGCUCCGUCAGAGACUGGCCAGCCGGUGUGGCCUUGACCUAGUCAAACUACAGGCAGUGGCGCUACAGGACUCUCUCAUCUUCAGGGAUUGUGAUAUCUAUUGUUUUAUAGGAAUCCUUAUUGGAAUAUUGACAGUAUGUGUAUCCAUUGCCAUGGUAACUGUCAUCAUACGAAGAAGAAAGAAAUCUUCAAAAAAAGCAGAUAGUAGAAAAGAGACUAAGGUGUUUCUUACAACUACUGGCGGUGUUCAAACGAAAUUGAUAGACGGAGAAACCAGUCCGCCUGAAAAGAGCGAGAAGUGGACUAUGGGCUUUUCUCGUUUUUGGCGGAAGUCUAAUAUUUAUGAGUCUAAUGAACCAAAUGGUCACGUGAAAGAUAGAUCCGAAAACGAGUCUCUGACCCACAGUGGAGCAUACACAUCGAACACGUACAGUACUGUUAAAGAUGGUGAAAACAGCUCUUCUUAUCCGUUGUCAGAUUUGACGUCCAGAAACCUACAUUUUGGUGAAGAUAUAAUGUUAGAAUUCAAGGAAAAGUACGGGCUUCGAAAUUCUGAAACAUCUAAUGGUUAUCAAACCAAGAAAGUUAGUUCUCCAGUGAGUAAUAUGUUGUAUGACAUCCGCAGUCCCAACCCUUCUGUCAGUAACGCCAUGUACCAAAGUAACUGUCAAUGUGGGUCUUGUUUUCUUCAGUCACCAAAUCAAAUCCCGCGUAGUUGUCCGUGCAAUAUUUGUAGCCAAUCAAAUUCCUCCAUUCCAUUUAGAGGACAGUUUGUGGAUGCAAGACAAAAUAGUGUUAGUGCAUAUCCUUCGUCUUGUCAGCAAUGCAAUUCUGAAAAUGUUAUCGGCUAUUGUCGAUCGGACCAUUAUGAUUUCGAGAAAUUUCCGUACGCAGACGACAGAAUAAAUUCAGGUGUUCAGAAUCAUUCCACAGCUUAUAUGGAUCAAGAAAAUGCUUCUUUCCGCGUAAAUAGCGCUUGUAGUUGUAAACAAUGUGUUCAGCAGAAAAUGAUGGCGUCCGAUGAAGACCACUCGACGUAUUCUACAGGAAGUGACGUCUAUGGCGUCCCGAAAACCGCCAUGAAUUAUCCCAAAGAUAUACAAUGUAGUUGUCGACAAUGUAUGCGGAUGAUUCCCAUAGCUGCUUAUACCAAACGACUUUCAAGGAAUGGGGAAUAUACAAGGGACGAAACAGAUAUGGAAAUCAUGCCGGCAGAAGACAUCAAUACCGAUGGACCGGAACACAGAAAGCGCAAGCGCAGUAAACCAAGACCACCUAUAUCGUCGACAGCUUCCUCGUCAGAUAACACGGGAAGUGAGAAGUCGUUUAGAAGUGGAAAACUAAAAACAAACGGUUCCCUUUUCAAUUCAAAGUUAAUCAACAGAUAAUGUCGCUAAUAGUGAUAGACAUUAGACCAUGCUAAAUGACGGUGUAUAUCUCUUGGAUCAGGCGCAAUGCAUCCAUAGAAAUUACCAGACAAACUACGACAAACGAUGGGAACCCGCUUCCUUUAUUAAUGUCUGCUUAUCUGCCUUAAAGCGGUGUUCUAUUUCGGGAAAGUGCAAUCAAAAAACAUUUAAAUCUUACAGUUUAAAUUAUUGCUACGUGUAUUGGGCUUUCGUUGUAUUUUUCCAGCUGAAAGUCAUUAUGUAUGUACAUGUAAUAAAUUGUAAAAUACAAAAUGCC